AUGGAUGGAGCCAACCUCUCUGUGGUGUCUGAGUUUGUGUUCCUGGGACUCUCUAACUCAUGGGUGAUCCAGCUUCAUCUUUUCCUCUUUUCCUCUGCGUUCUACAUGGCAAGUCUGGUGGGAAACCUCCUCAUUGUGUUCUCUGUAACUUUUGACUCUAACUUACACUCCCCUAUGUAUUUCCUGCUGGCCAACCUCUCCUUUCUUGACCUGGGAGUUUGCUCUAUUGCAGCCCCCAAAAUGAUUUAUGCCCUUUUUAGAAAACGCAAAACCAUCUCUUUUGGGGGCUGUAUAACUCAGAUCUUCUUUAUUCAUGCUGUUGGGGGCACGGAGAUGGUGCUGCUCAUAGCCAUGGCCUUUGACCAAUAUGUGGCCAUAUGUAAGCACCUCCACUACCUCACCAUCAUGAACCCACGAAUAUGUGUUUUAAUUUUGGCUGCUGCCUGGAUCCUUGGCCUCAUUCACUCAGUGGCCAAACUGGCUUUUGUCAUAGACUUGCCCUUCUGUGGCCCUAAUGUAUUGGACAGCUUUUACUGUGAUCUCCCUCAGCUCAUUAAACUUGCUUAUACAGAGACCAAUAGACUGGAGUUCAUGGGCACAGCCAACAGUGGACUCAUCUCUGUGGGGUCUUUCUCCAUAUUAAUUAUUUCUUACAUCUUCAUUCUGGUCACUGCUCAGAAACACUCUUCAGGUGGUUUAUCCAAGGCCGUCUCUACUUUGUCAGCUCUUGUCUCUGUGGUUGUUUUAGUUUUUGGACCAUUGAUUUUCUUUGACAUCUGGCCCUUCCCCUCAUCACAUUUGGACAAAUUUCUUGCUCUCUUUGAUGCAAUUCUCACUUCUUUUCUGAAUCCAGUCAUCUAUACGUUGAGGAACAAGGAGAUGAAGGCAGCAAUGAAGAAACUUUGCCAUCAACUUGUGAGUUACAGGAAGAUGUCCUAG